CGUCUAUUAACAUGCUUCUAAAUGAUCAUCUAUGUCAAGGUCAUGUGUUGCUGAAGGUGCCCUCUUUUCGAAGUAGACUGAACGAGUAGUUGCUUUUGGGUGUGCAAGGACUUGGUCUGAUUGUGCACUUCUUCUGUUGCUGUCCUGAAGUUAACAGGAUGCUAAUCCUCAUUGAAAAUCUGCAUCAGUUAAACAGAUCAAAACCUGAAGUUACGUGGUUAUGUAGAUCUUGGUUGUAUGUGGCAAAAUAGGAACAGAAUUUAGUCUAAAUGGGUAGGAUUGUGGCUUGGUUGUGAUCUUGAUUGUUUCACAGACCGCAUACCCCGAUGUGUGCUGUUCAAAUUGUGUGUUGGUCCUGUGGUAUUUCACAAAAGCACUGCCACGCAGCAUCGCAUUAGUGUAGCGUUACCUAGCCAUUGUCUGUGGGGAAAUUGAGAUGGUAGCGACCUCUCUGUGCUUUAUUUGCAGUUUCAAGGUGUGGGAGCAUGCAGCCCCCUAGGCUGUGAACGCUGGUCAGAACAACUUCUGAUGGUAGCAAGAGUUGUGUAUGAUAGGUGCGUUUGUGGCUCUGUGACGGUACAUUCAUCAGCUGCAUAAAAACUUGGUAAUGGUUUCAUACAGAUUAGCUCUUUGCUAAACCAGAAUUUUUAAAAAAAAAAAAAUAUGACAUAUUUCUUUUUCAUGUGUGAGUAGAAUUCUGCUAGUGAUGACAAGAAUGUUGUUAAAGCUUGUUAGGAGGAUGCUCUUCCGGAGGGGACUGGUUGCAAUACUUGGUGUUUGUACAAAAUGUAGCUGUUUUCUUUGGGGUUUAUUUCUGUUGUAAACUGGUAGGAGUUUACAGUACGUUGGAUAAAAUUUUCUUGUGUCAUAUUUGUGAAAUGAGGAAAACCAAUAAAUUAUUUUUUCUAAUAAAGCCAGCUGCAUGUUCAGCUAAAGGGCUGAAUAGCGAAGAAUAUGUAUUUUCUCACAUUGUUGGUUUCAUGCAUUUUAUUUUCCUUCUUACAGUUACAUGCAGGUUUUCAAGAGUUUAGUGAACUUCUAUCAAUUAUGUCUAAUUUGCGUUAGUAGUUUUAAUACCCACAGGAGUACUGAUGGAACAAAGCUCUAUGUGGUUGCUUUCCAUAAUGUUGAACCCUUUUGUAGUAUAGUCACAAUGAAUAUUUGGUUUGGUAAAGUGAAGAUAUUUUAUAUUAUUUUAUUUAAAUAACGGUGUCAGUAUUGCCAUAUGGGAUGGGAUUUUCAAAAGUAGAUGUGCUGUGUGAAGAUCCUCUUGACUUCUGAUAGAGCUGGUUUUUACUUUUGGUUAGAUAGGGGUCUUUGAAGCCUUGCUCUUGAGAGAUGGAUGUGCUGCUUAGCUGUUAGAGGAAGUAACAGCUUUCUGUAUGUAGUACUAACAGUGCAGUUAAAGCAGAAUGCUAAUCACUUAAUGCUAAUCGCUUAUUAAUUUGCACAUUUACAUUUGAAUUUUGUGAUGACAUAAAUUGUCAUGUUAUUUGCUUAGCAUUAAAUGGGAAGAUCAGUGCUUGUGCUGGUGGCUGUGCACAACAGUGAGCAGAUGUAGUACUGAAUCAUGGGAGAAAUUAUUUUUCUUAGGAUGCAUAAUCACCUCAUGAACGCGGAUCUUGUUGACGUUUGAGGUAGUUCUCAGUAGCUGUGCUUCAUUUUCCUGUUCUCCCAGAGAGGUGAUACUGAGGGAUCCUUACAGCGAUGUAUGCUCUGGUUCUGCAUCACCCUUGCUUGUAAGCUAAAGCUUGAAGAAAAGCUUGAUUGAAGAAAAAGUGUGAAUGAGGCUAUGCAGUAUAGAGGACAGGAUAUUCUCUGCCUGUCUAAAGUAUAAACCAGUUUCAGAAUCAAUGGGGUAUAGAAAAAAGUUAGGAAAGAGGUUAUGGAAUCACAGGACAGCUGAGGUGGCAUGGGAUGGCGGGAGAUCACCUCAUCUGUCGUCCUGCUCGCAGCCGGCUCAGCCAGAGCAGGCUGCUUGGGGCUGUGGUCCAGCUGGGUUCUGGGUAUCUCCAAGGAUGGAGACUCCAUAACUUCGCAGGAAAACCUGUGCUGUUGUCAUGGAUGAUGACGACGAUGAAUCCUGUCUCCUUGAUCUUAUUGGGGACCCACAGGCGCUGAAUUAUUUUCUACAUGGACCUAGUAGUAAAUCUAGCAAUGAAGACUUGACUAACGCAGAAUAUUCUGUAGCCAACUCAAAUUCAAUUUUCGCCAACUCCAAUAACACUGAUCCUAAGUCGUCUGUAAAAGGUGUAAGUGGUCAGCUUGGAGAGGGGCCCAGUGAUGGACUGCAGCUGUCCAGUAGCCUUCAGUUCCUUGAAGAUGAACUUGUAUCUUCUCCUUUACCUGAUCUUACUGAGGAUCAGCCUUUUGAUAUUCUUCAGAAGUCCUUGCAGGAGGCCAAUAUUACUGAACAGACUUUGGCAGAAGAGGCAUAUUUGGAUGCCAGUGUAGGUUCUAGCCAACAGUUUGCACAAGCUCAGCUUCAUCCUUCUUCAUCAGCAUCCUUUACUCAGGCUUCUAAUGUUUCUAAUUACUCAGGUCAGACGUUGCAACCUAUAGGAGUUACUCAAGUGGUACAGCAACCUGUUGGAGCAUCUUUUGCAAGCAAUACAGUCGGUGUGCAACAUGGCUUUAUGCAACAUGUCGGAAUUAGUGUUCCCAGCCAGCAUUUGUCUAAUAGCAGCCAGAUUAGUGGUUCUGGGCAGAUACAGCUAAUUGGUUCAUUUAGUAAUCAGCCUUCCAUGAUGACCAUUAAUAACCUUGAUGGAUCUCAGAUAAUACUGAAAGGCAAUGGUCAACAAACACCUGCAAACAUGAGUAGUGGCCUCUUGGUUCAUAGACAAACGCCAAAUGGUAACUCACUGUUUGGUAACUCAAACUCAAGUCCAGUAGCACAACCUGUAACUGUUCCAUUUAACAGCACAAAUUUUCAGACGUCAUUGCCUGUCCAUAAUAUCAUCAUUCAAAGGGGUUUGGCACCAAACUCUAACAAAGUUCCCAUUAAUAUCCAACCAAAGCCUAUCCAGAUGGGUCAGCAGACUGCUUACAAUGUGAAUAAUUUGGGAAUACAGCAACAUCACGUACAGCAAGGGAUUCCGUUUGGUUCUGCAAACUCACCUCAGAGUUCAGUAGUUGGUCCUCAUAUGUCUGUUAAUAUUGUUAAUCAACAAAAUACAAGAAAAUCAGUUACACCUCAGACAGUUAGCAAUGCUGGAGGUAGUAUUGUUAUCCAUUCUCCUAUGGGACAGCCUCAUGCACCUCAAAACCAGUUUCUCAUACCUACAAGUUUGUCUGUUAAUUCUAAUUCAGUUCAUCAUGUCCAGGCCAUAAAUGGACAACUUCUUCAGACUCAGCCUUCCCAGCUGGUUCCUAGCCAAGUGUCUGCCGAGCAUGUAAUGCUCAACAGGAACUCUACAAACAUGCUGAGAGCCAACCAGUCGUAUUCAGGACAGAUGCUGAAUAAUCAGAACGCAGCCGUUCAGCUUGUUUCCGGCCAGACAUUCACAACUCCUGGAAACCAAGUUAUAGUAAAUCAUGGAACUUCACAAAUUGUUGGUGGACAGGUGCCAUUGCAGCAGGCAUCGCCAACAGUGUUGCAUUUGUCGCCCAGUCAAGCUAAUGUUUCUCAAGGUAGAUCGAGUUUUACUACGAUGUCACCUGGGCAGUCUACAGUCUCAAAUAUGUCAGCUUCGAAUCGAUUUGCUGUUGCAAGUUCUUCUGGUUCAGUACAUCCUAGCUUGGGACCAUCAGUUCAGUCUGUUGCAUCAGGAGGAAACUUCACUGGAGAUCAGCUCACGCAGAACAGAAGUCAAGUUUCCGUCAGCGCAUCCCAUCGUCUUCCAGCAUCCUCUUCCAAAUCUAUCAGCACCUUUAGUCACACAUCAGUUGGAGUAACACAACAACAGUUCGCAUUUGGUCAGAAAAAAGCUAUGAACCAGACAUCACCGGUUUCUGCAUCGAAGGCACAGGAUAAUUUGAGACAGCCUCAGCUAACAAGUCUUCUGAGCAACACACUAUCAGGACAGGACUCUGGAGGAAAAAUCAUACAGCAAUCUCUAGGAACUGCACAGUCACAAGAAAAAGUACUAGGAUCAUCAUCAGUUCAACAGAGUAUACAGGUGGAUGGUCAUUUAGUUGGACAGAAAAGACCUGCUGCUAAACAGUUAACUAAAGGAGCUUUUAUUCUACAGCAAUUACAGAAGGAUCAAGUGCAUGCCGUGACACCAGAUAAAAGUCGGUUCAGAUCAUUAAAUGAUGCAGUUCAGAGACUCCUUUCAUACCAUGUGUGCCAGGGAUCACUGCCAACAGAGGAAGACUUAAGAAAAGUGGACAGUGAAUUUGAAUCUGUAGCUACACAGCUUCUGAAGAGGACACAGGCUAUGCUGAACAAAUACAGAUGUUUGCUUAUAGAAGAUGCAAUGCGGAUAAAUCCCUCGGCAGAAAUGGUUAUGAUUGAUAGGAUGUUUAACCAGGAAGAAAGGGCAUCUCUGACCCGGGAUAAGCGUCUUGCACUAGUGGAUCCUGAUGGUUAUCAGGCUGAUUUUUGUUGUUCUGCCAAACAAUUUGAUAAAACAGCUGAAGAAGCACAGUCCAGCAAAAGUGACCAUCAGUCUAGUAAAACAUUACCUUCUCGAAGUCAGACUACCAAAACCCAAGCUAGAGACCGACCAAAAUCCAGCUCAGCAGAGUCCACAAAUCACAGUAAACUUCCUCUAGUGCCUAACAGCAUUCUGACACCACAAGAAGGAAUAGCUUUGGCUAAAAAAUCGGAGAGCCUCACUAAAGCUUUAAAGUUUGAAAAAGCUAAUUGUUCUUCUGAGAGCCAGUGCGCGGCCCUUUCUGAAGAAAAGAUGGCUGGGAAAGAUCUUGCCAAGUCCACUGAGAAUUCUUCGAGUUCUGAAGACUUGUCAAAAACUGUGUCACGAGGCGGUCAUGGAACACACAAUAAAGUAUCAAGGAACACAGGUCAAUCUUUCUCAAAGGUAACGUGUAAUAAUUCCCUCCAAGACAAAACUCUGAGGAGCUCUCCAAAGAAUGAGGUUUUACAUCCUGAUAACAGGAAAGGCUCUGGUGAACCCCAGCAAGACUUACUGCUCAGUAAGAGUUUAGAAACUACGUUUAAAAACAUCUUGGAACUUAAAAAAGCUGGGAGACAGCCACAAAAUGAGGCGACAAGUAGCGGCUCAGUUGAAUUAGAAUUUCCUAAUUUUUCACCUAUUGCUUCACAGGAAAACUGCCUGGAAAAAUUUAUUCCAGACCACAGUGAAGGUGUUAUAGAAACUGACUCUAUUUUAGAAGCAGCUGUAAAUAGUAUCUUAGAGUGUUAAUAGUUACAGUACCAUGGACAAGUUAUGUUUCUCUUAGCAGAAGCAAAUGUGAAUGACACCACAAGUACAGCCUGACAUGCAUUUAAGGUUAACCUUUCUAAACUAGAUUCUGUUCUGUGUUUGAGAGCAAUACUCAUUGUGGUUACAGUGAGAUAUCCAAGUAAAGUUAAUCCUUGUUAGAAUGCAGUCUGUUAGGGCCUUACUAUUUCAAGUAUUAUUAUGAUAGUGCUUUUGAUAAUUGUGCAGUACUGCAACAUAACAAGGUUGCAGGUCGUUAGGCCCUAUGUAAUACGGUAAUAUACUGACAAUCACAGUCAUUUGAAAGGAUAUAUUUAUUAAGAAAAUGUUUUUAAAAAGUGAUGGAAGCAACAAUUUUCCCCUACCCUUCUCUUCCACAAAUCAUCAAAUGUUUAGUUUUUCUGGAAAACCCACUGUACCUCUAUUCAGAAGUGGUUAUUUGCUUUGUCAAUGAAUCUGUGUUCUAGGAUUCUUAAGUUGGAAGGAUAUCAUCAGUGUGUUUACAAGGCAUCAUAAUUUCAACUUAAAGUGCUUUUCUAUUGCUUUCUGAGCAGAAACUAGUACUUGACGAUAUAUUUGUAGUGGAUAACUUUAGUCCGUGGGAUGAUAUUAUAUGAUCUUAGUCACAGUGGCAUGAUAUGAAGUAAUAAAUGCUUGACUAAGGAAGGUAGAAUGGAAGCCAGUAAAUGGCAAAGUGUACAGGAUGAGGCCAUGAUAGAGCCAUGAAUUUAUAUAUAUAAUACAUAUAUAUGUUAACUCUUGAAGAAAAGAUUUUGCAUUUUAUAAUUGGAUGUAGUCAGCCUUGAGUCUUUCUGAAGUGGUAUAAAUGUUUUUUUUAUUUGUUGUUUGGUUUUUUUUUUAGACCAAGUGUCAAAAGCACUUUUAUUUGAAAACUGUUAUGGUAUUUGUAGCUUAUAUUUUAAGAGGACAUUAGCCUUACUCUGAUUAAAUUUAAAGGCCAGUGUUUAUUUUUGAUUUUUUUUUUGCUUUUUGCUGUCAGAGAAUGUUAAAUCAUCCACCGUAGCAGUCACAAUUAUCAAGAUAUGUACAGACCAAAGUCGAUCAGCAACCCCAUUGUUUAAACAUAUCGAAAAGUGUAUAAUUAUUAAUUCAUAUUGUAGAGCCAAGUGAAACCAUUGCAUGGUUUACAUUUGGCUUGCUGUCAUGUUGUUAAGAUAGAAUCUUAUUAUUUUAUUUAUUUAUUUUAAUCUAUGACAUCUGUUUUUUUGGUGUUUUGGGGUUUUUUUGGUUUUGUUUUUUUGUUUUGGUUUUUUUUUCUUUUUUUUUUUUUUGCUGCCCAUGCUGCUUUUUCCUAGUUUACUUUGGUCAUGAGUGCUUUUGUGCACAUAAGUACGCUGACAUUUGUCACGUGCGUGUAGUACAUAUGUCUGCUCAGGAGGAUAUAGCUUUUGUGGUUUCUAAGGUGUGCUCAUGUAUCUCCCCCAGACCUUCUCCACAAUUUCUUAGAAAGAUUACCAGCCAUUCUCCAGACUUGCUGAUUACAAUUUUCAUAAGAGAGGCUCAUUGUGACGAGCUGUGGUUGUCAGUCAGAUUGCCAGGAAAGAAAACAGAAGGCUUUGCUGUCAUGUAAUUCAGUCCAUCUGAAUAGUGCAAAAGAAAGCAGAAUUAGAUCCUUGUGACAGAAGAUUAUUACAGUGCAACUCAGUGUUGAGCUACAGUCCACUGUCUGACCACUAAAGGAAACCAAAUCCAGAAAGCAAUGUGAGAAAGAUGAACUUACUUAAAAUUCAUUUCCCCUUCAACAUGAAUGGAAAUACUGGUUUUGUAUGUUACUGAUUGCCAUUUAAAAAAAUUGUGCCAAUUUUAAAGUACAUGUUUGUAAAAACCCAACAUUCCCAAGUGUUGUAUAAAAUAUUCAAGGUAAUAAUAAGUAUUGCCAGUUUUAAAUUUUUAGUUAGGUGUCCAUAGAAUAGACUCUCCGGUGGUUAGUUGUUUUCUUAUUGGCAAAACUGACAAUAUAGUCUUCACCUAUUGCCUUUUUAGAUCUAAUAAUGUGCUCAUGGCUGUGUAUCCUGAUGCGUAUUUUAUUUUAUAAUUUUUGAAAUUUAACCAUUCUAAACUAUCUAGGAAGGAAAACAAUAAGUUACACAGCUGUAUGUUAACUAGUUAAAUUUUCUUUUAUAGGGAAAAAAGUAAAGUUGCACAUUCAUUGAUCCACUUGCUUUUUGUACCGCCUACAAAAUAGGUAUGGGGUUUCCAGCCUCUCUACAGCAAAUAACAUAAUGAAGUAUCAGGCUAUGUGUCUUCUAUUGGAUCUCAUUUGGGGAUGGGGGACAAUGGCAUAUGAAAAAUGGCAAAUUACAGAAAGUAAUCGUGGUUGAUUUGGUCAGACACAUUUCUCUGAACUGUUUAUGAGAGGAACCCAUUGAACAAUCCUAGCAAGAUUAAUCUUAGAUUGUUAAUGUUCUGUUGUUCACUCCUUUGAAUUCAAUUCUAAAGGAAUUCUGGUACGUGGUGAAGCAGUAAAUGAAAGAAUUGUAUUUUUGUUGUGCUUAAAAAAAAAGUUAUGAAUUUAUUAAUCGUAUGGGCUCAAGUCCAGCAAAGUAUUGUGAAUGUGCAUGACUUUAAACAUGUUUUCAUUAUUUUGCUGGAUCAGCAUUGUGAUUUCAAUGUUAUUUAAUACUGCCUAAUAUUAAAACAAAUUUUAAACUGGCAAUUAAGAAAACUAUGUUCGUUUUGAAGAUUUUAGUAUAAUUUAUCUGUUAGAUUAGGGAGGCCUUACAGACUGACUUCACUUAAAGAGGAUGUGUCACUUAUUGUCAGUGUGGUAUGGACUUUAUUUGCUUAAAUACCUUCAUUUGUAAAGUAUGUCUCACUUGAAAUUGCUUUGUAUACAUUUUGUAAAAAUAUUUAUAAAAUGUUUUGUAAAAAAAAAAGUAUAAAAAAUUGCAGUUUAUUUUGUUAUGUUGGAUAAAUACUGUUAAAAGACACAAGUCAGUAAAUAUAUUGUUAAUCCAUGGAUAGGAAAUGUUUAGUUGGAGAUUACAAAUUGAAACAACCAUUGCAAUACAGCCAAAGAUUUGGGAAAAAAUGUCUAUCUGUGAUUGUCUUGAUUUAACCAAGCUGAGUAUUUUACAUUGCCAAAAGAGGAUUGUUCUCAGUUUUAAGUAAUAUGGUUGCAAAAUACUCUUACUCCUGUGCUUUUUAUAAUGCAGCCGUGUUAUAAAAUACUUACUAGGCUAGCUUUUGAUACGCUUUAUGGAUCUUUCUGAACAUACGCUGUUAGGACUUGGUUUGUGUGGCAUUGUAACUGCAUAGAGUAAUGUUGGUCUCCAGAUAACAAGAUUGCCAGCGGUCCAGCCCUGUUGCCA